UGCGUUUGCAUAAUGCCCCAAGCAUCCUUGCAGAUGUUAGAUAAACCAGCAAGUUCCAACCCAACGUCCCGAUCCUCUUGGAAUAUCGUGUUGUAGUCCCCUGUUGUGAACAGAGCAGGGAGCGUUACAUCACAGUGCAAACGAGGUGCAAAAACCCGCAGUCAAGAUGUCUCUGGGACCGUUCUUUCGUUCGCCGUUCACCGAUCUGACCGCAUCGAUGGUCAACUUCCAGCAGUACGACAAGUGCGGUGAGCUCGAGAUGGCUUCGAUCGACUGCCUGGAGGCGUACGGUACGGUGCGAGGAGCGAAGAAGUGUGCCGAUCUGCUGGCCGAUUUUCAGGAGUGCGCGUUCAUGACGAAACAGAUCGCCAGAUUCCGGGCCAUGCGAAUGGAAAGACAUCGUCAAGGAUUCAACGGAGAGCGGAAGGGCGAUGGUUAUUACGCUCCGCCACCACGCGUCGAUGCCUACUAGAGAUUCGUGCGGUGCUAGAGACAGAGAAACAGAGGGACUCGCUGAUUCCUUGUAAAUUUAAUGAUGGAAUACAUUCAAAAGCUACCUUGAAAUUUGA